AUGGUCACCACGCUCAUCAAAUCCAUGGAGGUCAGCAUAUUUGGCACAGCUGCUUAUCUCAAAUCAAUACAUGCGGACCUGCAACGACGAUGGGAAGUUCACUGCGAGAGAGUCGAGGAUCUCUGGCGAAAUUUCACUCUAAGUCAACGCGAGGCGAUCUUCCUGGCUGGAGUCAAAACGGACAAGGUCUUGAAGGAUCCCAACGAUCAAUCGAUAUUCCGCUUGUAUGCCUUGAUCCCAGAGAUGAAUAUCCGUGAUAUUAAAGGCUUGCCUGACUACUUUCUGGAUCAUUUUGAGUUUCGCGCUGCAACAAGUCUAACGCAACAAUACCGUAUUGGCCUGGAAGGCGCGAAAGGUGAUCACCAAGUUAUCAUGGAGAGCGUGGCUAUCAACAAGGUAGACGGCAACCGAGAUUUUGAGAACGAACUUACAUUUUUCAUGGACGAAGAUAGAUACGGGGAUAGGUACAAAGCCAAAACUCAGGAGGAUCACCAACACGUGUUGUAUGACCUUCAGUCGGCCGUCAAAGCGGGACUUGUCGUUCCUCGAGGCAUUGGAGAACUCAUAUUAGAACGACAGUCCUAUAUACUUAAGCAUCUUUGUGUCCUAGUCGAUGACAUUCUGAAACUAGGAGCGAUUAUUGACGAGACCGGUAAGGAAUACAUACUGCCCCGUGAGGCAGCACGUAUGGCUUUCUCGACUUAUCCUGAUGACGUGGACCCACAACCAAUCUGCGUCCUCGAUCUGGUCACUGCUGCUUUUGAUCGAAAAACGUCUUUCGAAGCAUAUUGGAACCUCUGUCACGCAAAUCCUGCUUUCCUCGCAAAUGCAGUCAACCUUUGGUACUCGACUAGACCGGAUCUUGUGCCGGAUGAAAAGGGCCGACGUAUGCCUCUUGCCUCGGAUGAGUACGUCAGCCGUUCUAUCUUUGAGGCAAUCCACAACGUUGUCAUUGGAAUUGCCAUCUGGGAUAUCCUCUACGCCCUUGUCAAGACCUUCCUCGAAACUUUAGAUGAGCCAGAGCAAGCUAUCAUCUCGCAAGAGAUCUCAAAUAUUUGCCAUUACGAAUAUGAACGGAUACGAAAGGACUUCAAGCGGUUUGUGCAGCUUGGCAUCGGCUCAAAAUAUUUCAAGCGUCUCUCAAAUGUAUUCGACAAUGGCACACCACGCGUUACAUCAAAGGCUAUACCGGAUCGUGUCAUGAAGGAUGAUCCGCAGCUUCAUCAUAUUCUCCGUCUUUGCCAGCCUGUAAGCGGUGUAACUCAAGCCGUGCGAUGGAAAAACAUGUUGGACCAGCUGCAUUACAACAAGCCUCUUGAACUCGAUAAAAUGGAAGAAUCGGAGUUCAAUGCAUUGGGUGAAGUUUCUCUGACUAUUAAUCUUGUCAAUACCCUAAUCGCAUCGCUUCAACUUCCCACGGCUAGUCCUAAGAAAGGCUUGACGUACAUUUCAAAGCUGAAGGAGUUGUUGGCUAGGCUUGACCCAUUGAAGACACACACCAAUCUUCGGAAAUUGGCUAUUUCGCUUGAUGAUCUUAACAAUCCGAACCUGGCAAAAGAGGCCUUAAACAUUGUGAGUCGAUUCAGUGAAUACUAUGCCGGCGGUUCAAUGGUUUCUCUUUACCAGAAUCUCAACAAAGAAUUUCUUCAAGACCUUGAGGUUCAAUUGCAGGAAGCAGAGGGGACGAAAAAGACGAAAGCUAAGCAUUCGUCCACAAAGUCGGCGAAGCCUUCCGGUCGAACAACUCAAGUCCAACAAGGACAGGGCGUCAUGGCUCACUUUUCUAAUUCAUCUAAUGCUAAUCUUUCGCAGGUCGUAUCAUCAUUGCUAGAAACAAAAUCAAAAGCAACGGCUACAUUUGAGAUACCUACCGAAUCUGGAAAUUGUGCCAACCCAGAACCUUCAACUCGACUGGACACAUCCAACGAACUUGGGACAUCUACUGAGCAGGACAUGGCUACUUAUUCACCAACCCCCUCUGACGUUGAAGCACUCGAUGCGCUGCUGCAACAGUCUGCUCGGCCAGUUACGCCUACUGAAUCGGAGAUGUCUGCAGGACCAGAACCACGCGCGGAUCUUGCAAAGUCUACAGAGGCGCCAACUGCCGACGACGAACUAUUCCUUGGGCCAGAUCCAUAUACCCAGCUUACGACAUCUGGCAUCUUGGAAGCAAUUGCUAAAUUGGACCUAUCCGAAUCACAACCAUCCAGUCAAUCAGAAAGUUCUACCGAGUUGGGCACGCCUACUGAAUCUCGGACAAAUGAAUUGGAAGCAGUUAUCACAUCGGAGGCUACUGCUGAAAUGAAGAUAGCUGUGCAUGCCGAGCCAGAGGCGUCUGGGGAACCGGAGGCAUCCGAAAAAAUGAGAGAGUCUGAACUAGGUCUGAACGCUGAUUCAGAAUGCUCUCAAGCACAGCCAUCUCAACAACUGAAUAUCUCUCAUGGAUUGGAAUCACGUACUGAAUCAAAAAUGUCUGUCCCAGAGAACACCAACGAAUCGGAACCAGAACCCGACGAACCGGAGACAUCCACCACGAUCAACGAGAUAUCUCCAGAAGUCUUUAAAGUCUCAUCAAAUACACUAGAAGUCUUUACAACAAUAUUCUCUGGAUUAGAAGAAUCAGAAUCAAACUCCGGCUCCCAACCAGGACCAGAAAAGUCAAUUAAAUGGCUGGACUUUGGCACAGCCAUGGUCGAUAUCGGGUACUCAAUCUUGCCUAGUGUUGGAUCUUUAUAUACAUUUGUACCUGGGAAAGAAUCUAAUGUGGCCACUUUUCUCACUCUUCAUCGUCCAUAUCGCUCGGUGAUUCGGGGUGAUGGGUUGCUUCUUCUCGCACUUCGGUUGAAGCUGUUGUAUGGAUGGCGAAAGGAGACUUUUGAAUUGGAGUGA